GGAGUUGGCAACACUGAGCCAGCCGCAAGUGGCCACAGCUUCUUUUUGCACUUCCGCAUUGGCCUCAUCGCUCAGCCCGGGUUGUUGCCGCUUGUUCGAGACUCAAAGUGCGCAGAAAGGAGGACAAUGUGCGCCGUGCAGCUGCUGCGGGUGUCGGUACAUGAGCGGAUCAGCGCUGCCGCUGAAGACUUUCUGCUGCAGGUGGAGAAAGGGGAAGAAACGGCUCAAGUCCCGGCGCUGAGAGCGCUGCUCACCGAGCGGCUAACGGCGGCGGCGAAGGAGAUCGCCGCUGUGUUUGAGGAAACCGUGGUGGAGUACGAAGACAGACUGGAGCGGUCAGAGCGGGAGAUCUGCCGCCAGAGGAGGCUGCUCGAUGCCGUGAUGAAGCCCGAAAUAAGGCUGCACAGAGCAGACUUCCUGCAACUGGUGGUGAGUAAAGAAGAGGUUCCCCCUGAGCAGCAGCAGUGGAGCCCUCUUGCGGACCAGGAGGACCCAGAGCCCUCCCACAUUAAAGAGGAACAGGAGGAACCUUGA